CUCAGCAUGCCGUUUUAGCAGAAGGACUGCAAGGACUUUCUCGGUGAAAUCCGUUGAAUCGCAAGGACACGGGGCUGGUCGGUGGCGAUCAGUGAAUAAAUCCUUCCAAAAAUGGAGCUGGAAGAGGCCACCAUGAUUACGCCGUUGGCUGGGCCACGGCUAUACUGGACUGCACUAACGGCCGGAGGUGUCGCAGGGCUAGUGGUAGACGUUGCCUUGUUUCCGAUCGAUACGAUAAAAACGCGACUCCAGAGUGAACGAGGAUUCCUUGCUUCGGGUGGAUUCCGGGGUGUGUACAGAGGACUCGCGACCACGGCUGCCGGUAGCGCACCUACCUCGGCUCUGUUUUUCUGCACCUACGAAAGCUUGAAGGUACACCUACGCCAAUAUGCCACUUCGCCCGACCAACAGCCCUACAUCCACAUGGCAUCGGCCGCGGCAGCCGAAGUUGUCGCUUGCCUCAUUCGCGUACCGAUCGAGAUAGCAAAACAACGCCGACAGGCGCUACUGCUCAAGGGCAACACAUCGUCCUUCGAAAUCCUUUACGGAGCGCUCCGGAAAGAGGGUCUCCGUAAGGGUUUGUACCGUGGUUUCGGUACGACCGUGAUGCGUGAUGUGCCCUUCUCGCUCAUACAGUUCCCGCUGUGGGAGUACUUCAAGCAACACUGGCCUACGGUUACCGGUACCGCACUGAGUCCGGUAACGGUAGCGAUUUGUGGCGCCGUGUCCGGUGCGAUUGCUGCCGGUUUGACGACUCCGCUCGAUGUGGCAAAAACACGCAUCAUGCUGGCCGAUCGUAUGGAGAGCGGCCGGAUGGGUGGAAUGGCCAGUAUACUGCGCGGUAUCUACCGUGAGCGAGGAAUCCACGGGGUGUUUGCUGGUUUCAUUCCGCGCGUCCUGUGGAUCACGCUCGGCGGAUUCGUCUUUUUCGGAAUGUACGAUCUUACCCUGCGGUUGCUAGACGCGAACGAAGAGCAACGGUAG